AUGACGAAAGACAUAACAACGGUUGAUUCAGCUACUGAAGAUUCAUUAACUGACGAGAAGACAAUGGUCGUUAAUGUAACUGUUGAAGAACUAUCAACAAUCGAGAAAACAAAUGCUGAUUUAACAACUAAAAUACCAGCAACAAAAACAUCGACAGAAGUUGAUAAUACUACUGACGAAUUUACAGUGGAAUGGCAAACAGCAGUAACUAAAGAAUUGACAACGGAAGAUAAGAAAACUACCAAUGAAACCACUAUAGAAUCGUUAACUAAGCGGUGGACCACGAUAAAUUUAACGAAUGAAGAAUCAUCUAUAGUACAGAAAACGACAGUUGAUGUAGAAACUGAGGUAGCAACAAUAGAAGGAUCAACAGUGUUUGAAGCUACUACUGAAAAAUUAACAGCUGAAUGGAAAACAGCGAUUGAUAUAACAAGUAAAAACAUCACAACAAAAGACGAAAUAACAAUUGUUGCAACUACCGAGAAGUUCUUAACUGAUGAGAUGACGACCGUUAAUGUAACAAUCGAAGAGUCAUCAUCUUUUCAGAAAACAAAUGCUGACGUAACAACUGAAUUUACAGUGGAAUGGCAAACAGCAGUAACUAAAGAAUUGACAACGGAAGAUAAGAAAACUACCAAUGCAACCACUAUAGAAUCGUUAACUAACCUGUGGACCAUGGUAAGUUUAUCGAAUGAAGAAUCAUCUACUGUACAGAAAACGACAGCUGAUGUAGCAACUGAGUUAGCAACAAUAGAAGAAUCAACAGUGUUCGAAGCUACUACUGAAAAAUCAACAGCUGAAUGGAAAACAACGAUUGAUAUAACAAGUAAAAACAUCACAACAAAAGACGAAAUAACAAUUGUUGCAACUACUGAGAAAUCCUUAACUGAUGAGAUGACGACCGUUAAUGUAACAAUCGAAGAGUCAUCAUCUUUUCAGAAAACAACUGCUGAUGUAACAACUGAAGUACCAACAUCGGAAGAAAAUACAGCAGUCUAUGCAACUUCCGUAGAAUCAACAGCAGAAUGGCAAACAUUGUUGGACAUAACAACUAAAGAAUUGAUGACAAAAGACAUUACAACGGUUGAUUCAGCUACUGAAGAUUCAUUAACUGACGAGAAGACAAUGGUUGUUAAUGUAACAGUUGAAGAACUAUCAACAAUUGAGAAAACAACUGCUGAUUUAACAACUGAAAUACCAGCAACAAAAACAUCAACAGAGGUCGAUACUAUUAGUGAUAAAUUUACAGUGGAAUGGCAAACAGCUGUAACUAAAGAAUUGACAACGGAAGACAAGAAAACUACCAAUGCAACCACUAUAGAAUCGUUAACUAACCGGUGGACCACAGUAAAUGCAACAAAUGAAGAAUCAUCUACAGUACAGAAAACGACUGCUGAUGUAGCAACUGAAGUACCAACGUCGGAAGAAAAUACACCAGUCUAUAUAACUUCCAUAGAAUCAACAGCGGAAUGGCAAACAUUGUUGGACAUAACAACUAAAGAAUUGAUGACGAAAGACAUGACAACAGUUGAUUCAGCUACUGAAGAUUCAUUAACUGACAAGAAGACAAUGGUCGUUAAUGUAACAGUUGAUGAACUAUUAACAAUUGAGAAAACAACUGCUGAUUUAACAACUGAAAUACCAGCAACAAAAACAUUGACAGAAGUUGAUACUACUGACGAAUUUACAGUGGAAUGGCAAACAGCAGUAACUAAAGAAUUGACAACGGAAGAUAAGAAAAUUACCAAUGCAACCACUAUAGAAUCGUUAACUAACCGGUGGAACACGGUAAGUUUAUCGAAUGAAGAAUCAUCUACAGUACAGAAAACGACAGCUGAUGUAGCAACUGAGGUAGCAACAAUAGAAGUAUCAACAGUGUUUGAAGCUACUACUGAAAAAUCAACAGCUGAAUGGAAAACAGUGAUUGAUAUAACAAGUAAAAACAUCACAACAAAAGACGAAAUAACAAUUGUUGCAACUACUGAGAAAUCCUUAACUGAUGAGAUGACGACCGUUAAUGUAACAAUCGAAGAGUCAUCAUCUUUUCAGAAAACAACUGCUGAUGUAACAACUGAAGUACCAACAUCGGAAGAAAAUACAGCAGUCUAUGCAACUUCCGUAGAAUCAACAGCGGAAUGGCAAACAUUGUUGGACAUAACAACUAAAGAAUUGGUGACGAAAGACAUGACAACGGUUGAUUCAGCUACUGAAGAUUCAUUAACUGACGAGAAGACAAUGGUUGUUAAUGUAACAGUUGAAGAACUAUCAACAAUUGAGGAAACAACUGCUGAUUUAACAACUGAAAUACCAGCAACAAAAACAUCAACAGAGGACGAUACUAUUAGUGAUAAAUUUACAGUGGAAUGGCAAACAGCUGUAACUAAAGAAUUGACAACGGAAGACAAGAAAACUACCAAUGCAACCACUAUAGAAUCGUUAACUAACCGGUGGACCACGGUAAAUGCAACAAAUGAAGAAUCAUCUACAGUACAGAAAACGACUGCUGAUGUAGCAACUGAAGUACCAACGUCGGAAGAAGAUACAUCAGUCUAUAUAACUUCCAUACAAUCAACAGCGGAAUGGCAGACAUUGUUGGACAUAACAACUAAAGAAUUGAUGACAAAAGACGAAACAACGGUUGAUUCAGCUACUGAAGAUUCAUUAACUGACGAGAAGACAAUGGUCGUUAAUGUAACUGUUGAAGAACUAUCAACAAUUGAGAAAACAAUUGCUGAUUUAGCAACUGAAAUAUCAGCAACAAAAACAUCCACAGAAGUUGAUACUACUACUGACGAAUUUACAGUGGAAUGGCAAACAACAGUAACUAAAGAAUUGACAACGGAAGAUAAGAAAACUACCAAUGAAACCACUAUAGAAUCGUUAACUAAGCGGUGGACCACGGUAAAUUUAACGAAUGAAGAAUCAUCUAUAGUACAGAAAACGACAGCUGAUGUAGAAACUGAGGUAGCAACAAUAGAAGAAUCAACAGUGUUCGAAGCUACUACUGAAAACUCAACAGCUGAAUGGAAAACAGCGAUUGAUAUAACAAGUAAAAACAUCACAACAAAAGACGAAAUAACAAUUGUUGCAACUACCGAGAAGUCCUUAACUAAUGAGAUGACGACCGUUAAUGUAACAAUCGAAGAGUCAUCAUCUUUUCAGAAAACAAAUGCUGACGUAACAACUGAAGUACCAACAUCGGAAGAAUAUACACCAGUCUAUACAACUUCCAUAGAAUCAACAGCGGAAUGGCAAACAUUGUUGGACAUAACAACUAAAGAAUUGACGACAAAAGACAUGACAACAGUUGAUUCAGCUACUAAAGAUUCAUUAACUGACGAGAAGACAAUGGUCGUUAAUGUAACAGUUGAAGAACUAUCAACAAUUGAGAAAACAACUGCUGAUUUAACAACUGAAAUACCAGCAACAAAAACAUUGACAGAAGUCGAUACUACUAGUGACGAAUUUACAGUGGAAUGGCAAACACCAGUAACUAAAGAAUUCACAACGGAAGAUAAGAAAACUACCAAUGCAACCACUAUAGAAUCGUUAACUAACCGGUGGACCACAGUAAAUUUAACGUAUGAAGAAUCAUCUACAGUACAUAAAACAACUGCUGAUGUAGCAACAGAGGUAGCAACAAUAGAAGAAUCAACAGUGUUCGAAGCAAAUACUGAAAAAUCAACAGCUGGUUGGAAAACAACGAUUGAUAUAAUAAGUAAAAACAUUACAACAAAAGACGAAAUAACGAUUUUUGCAACUACCGAGAAAUCCUUAACUGAUGAUAUGACGACCGUUAAUGUAACAAUCGAAGAGUCAUCAUCAGUUCAGAAAACAACUGCUGAUGUAACAACUGAAGUACCAACAUCGAAAGAAAAUACACCAGUCUAUACAACUUCCGUAGAAUCAACAGCAGAAUGGCAAACAUCGUUAGACAUAACAACUAAAGAAUUGGCGACAAAAGACAUGACAACGGUUGAUUUAGCUACGGAAGAUUCAUUAACUGACCAAAAGACAAUGGUCGUUAAUGUAACAGUUGAAGAACUAUCAACAAUUGAGAAAACAACUGCUGAUUUAACAACUGAAAUACCAGCAACAAAAUCAUUGACAGAAGUCGAUACUACUAGAGAUAAAUUUACAGUGGAAUGGCAAACAGCUGUAACUAAAGAAUUGACAACGGAAGACAAGAAAACUACCAAUGCAGCAACUAUAGAAUCGAUAAGUAACCGGUGGACCACGGUAAAUUUAACCAAUGAAGAAUCAUCUACAGUACAGAAAAUGACUUCUGAUGUAGCAACUGAGGUAUCAACAAUAGAAGAAUCAACAGUGUUUGAAGCUACUACUGAAAAAUCAACAGUUGAAUGGAAAACAGCAAUUGACAUAACAAGUAAAACCAUCACAACAAAAGACAGAAUAACGAUCGUUGGAACUACGGAGCAAUCCUUAACUGAUGAGAUGACAACCAUUAAUGUAACAAUUGAAGAGUCAUCAUCAGUUCGGAAAACAACUGCUGAUGUAACUGAAGUACCAAUAUCGGAAGAAAAUACACCAGUCUAUACAACUUUCGUAGAAUCAACAGCGGAAUGGCAAACAUCGUUAGACAUAACAACUAAAGAAUUGAUGACGAAAGACAUGACAACUGUUGACUCAGCUACUGAUGAUUCAUUAACUGACCAAAAGACAAUGGUCGUUAAUGUAACAGUUGAAGAAUUAUCAACAAUUGAGAAAACAACUGCUGAUUUAGCAACUAAAAUACCAUCGACAAAAACAUCAACAGAAGUCGAUAGUACUAGUGACAAAUUUACUGUGGAAUGGCAAACAACUCUAACUAAAGAAUUGACAACAGAAGAUCAGAAAACUACCAAUGCAACCACUGUAGAAUCGUUAACUAACCGGUGGACCACGGUAAAUUUAACGAAUGAAGAAUCAUCUACAGUACAGAAAAUGACUUCUGAUGCAGCACUUAAGGUAUCAACAAUAGAAGAAACAACAGUGUUCGAAGCUACUACUGGAAAAUCAACAGCUGAAUGGAAAACAGCGAUUGAUAUAACAAGUGAAAACUUCACAACAAAAGACAUGACAACGAUCGAUGAAAAUACCGAGCAAUCCUUAACUGAUGUGAUGACGACCGUUAAUGUAACAAUAGAAGAGUCAUCAUCAGUUCAGAAAACAACUGCUGACUUAGUAGAAUCAACAGCGGAAUGGCAAACAUCGUUGGACAUAACAACUGAAGAAUUGAUGACGAAAGACAUGGCAACAGUUGAUUCAACUACUGAAGCUUCUAUUACUGAUCAAAAGACAAUGGUUGUUAAUGUAACAUUUAAAGAGCUAUCAACAAUUGAGAAAACAACAGCUGAUUUAACAACUGAAAUACCAUCAACUAAAACAUCGACAGAAGUCGAUUCUACUAGUGACAAAUUUUCAGUGGAAUGGCAAACAGCAGUAACUAAAGAAUUGACAACGGAAGACAAGAAAACUACCAAUGCAACCACUAUAGAAUCGUUAACUAACCGGUGGACCACAGUAAAUUUAACGAAUGAAGAAUCAUCUACACUACAGAAAACGACUGCUGAUGUAGCAACUGAGGUAUCAACAAUAGAAGGAUCGACAGUGUUCGAAGCUACUACUGAAAAAUCAACAGCUGAAUGGAAAACAGCGAUUGAUAUAACAAGUAAAAACAUUACAACAAAAGACAAAAUAACAAUCGUUGCAACUACCGAGCAAUCCUUAACUGAUGAGGUGACGACCGUUAAUGUAACAAUUGAAGAGUCAUCAUCAGUUCAGAAAACAACUGCUGAUGUAACAACUACAAUACUAACAUCGGAAGAAAAUACACCAGUCUAUACAACUUCUAUAGAAUCAACAGCGGAAUGGCAAACAUCUUUGGACAUAACAACUAAAGAAUUGGUGACGAAAGACAUGGCAACGGUUGAUUCAGCUACUGAAGAUUCAUUAACUGACCAAAAGACAAUAUUCGUUAAUGUAACAGUUGAAGAACUAUCAACAAUUGAGAAAACAACUGCUGAUUUAACAACUGAAAUACUAAGAACAAAAUCAUCGACAGAAGUCGAUACUACUAGUGACGAAUUUACAGUGGAAUGGCAAACAUUAGUAACUAAAGAAUUGACAACGGAAGCCGAGAAAACUACCAAAGCAAGCACAAAAGAAUCGUUAACUAACUGGUGGACCACGGUAAAUUUAACGAAUAAAGAAUCAUCUACAGUACAGAAAACGACUGCUAAUGUAGCAACAGAGGUAGCAACAAUAGAAGAAACAACAGUGUUAGAAGCUUCUACUGGAAAAUCAACAGCUGAAUGGAAAACAGCGAUUGAUAUAACAAGUGAAAACUUCACAACAAAAGACAUGACAACGAUUGAUGAAACUACCGAGCAAUCUUUAACUGAUGAGAUGACGACUGUUAAUGUAACAAUUGAAGAGCCAUCAUCAGUUCAGAAAACAACUGCUGACAUAGCAACUGAAGUACCAACAUCGGAAGAAGAUACACCAGUCUAUACAACUUCCAUAGAAUCAACAGCGGAAUGGCAAACAUUGUUGGACAUAACAACUAAAGAAUUGGUGACGAAAGACAUGUCAACGGUUGUUUCAGCUACUGAAGAUUCUUUAACUGACCAAAAGACAAUAGUUGUUAAUGUAACAACUACAGUACCGAAAGCAACUGCUGAUUUAGCAACUGAAGUAUCAACAACAGAAAGAACUACAACUAUAGAUGCUGUUACUGAAAAGUCAACAGCUGAAUGGCAAACUGUGCUUGAUAUAACAACUAAACAAUUGACAACUGUAGACAUAACAACGAUCGAAGCAACUACUGAAGGAUCGUUAACUGAUCGAACAAAUACAUUUAAUAUAAAUGUUACAACUGAAGCAUUGUUGACUAAAGAAAUUACACCUACAAUUGCAACGAUUUCUGUAUUAUCAACAGCAGACAGAAUUACAGCUGAUACUACUAAUCCUACUACGUCUCAGAGUUAUAUAAGUGUGAAUCCAGAGACUACUGUUAUCACCACCACAACUCAAAGUGAUUCAACAGCUGCAUUUACAACUAAUCUAGUGACUCAAUCAUAUACCACUAUAUUACAAACAACACCGGUUUGCAGUGAUGGUUUGCAGUCAUGUGCUGGUACUUCUGGAUGCAUCAAUCCCAAAUACUUUUGUGAUUUAAAGAACCAUUGUAGUAAUGGUUAUGAUGAAACAAUUGCAGCAGGUUGCGUUUGCAAGGACGAUGAAUACCGAUGUAGCAACGGAAAAUGCAUACCAAACGAUUUCUUGUGUGAUGGUUACAGUAAUGAUUGCAUUAACAAUGAAGAUGAAAAACUCGAUAUAUGUGAUGCUGUAUGCGGAAUUCCGGAUUCUGAGAACAGUUACUUUCACCCGUUUAAACCUAGAUAUAAACCAGGAGAAAACGUAACAUACACAUGUUUCCUGGGCUACACACUAUUCGGCGACGCGACGAAUACAUGUAAUGAGUCAAAAUGGAUAAAUGAUCCACCAAAAUGCUAUAAGCAAAACAACAGCCUCUCAAAACCAGUGUUCUUAAAGUAA